AUGACUCUGAAUACUAUGUUGGCUGCGAUCUACGAGCCUGGCAAUAACGAUCUCGUCUUAAAGGAAUACCCUAUCCCAACUCCGUUCAAGAAGCAGGUGCUUCUCAAGGUAACGGCAAGUGCAGUAUGCCACAGCGAUGUCUUCUUUCUCUCUGGUUCCUUCCCGCUUUCCAACCCAGUGAUUCUGGGUCACGAGAUCGUUGGCAUUCCAGUACAGCUCGGUCCAGACGUGACUGGGAUUGAGGAAGGCCACCUUUACGCUGUCUGGGUAAUUGACCCUUGUGCUGCUAAGGCAGCCGGUGUUGCACCCAUAAUUGACUCUACUGGAAUCGGUAUGAACGGUGGAUACGCCGAGUAUGUACUGGUCGAAGAUUCCCAGCUCGUCCCAGUGCCUCACGGUCUCAAACCGGAAAUCGCUGCUCUCGCUGCUGAUUCACUAUUGACAGUUUACAAUGCUGUCCACAACGUCGCCGGCUUACGUCCGAGAAGUGACUUAAAGGUGCUGAUCAUCGGCAUCGGUGGCCUCGGCCACCAGGCAGUACAAUUGUGCAAGCACUAUGGAGCCACCGUUUAUGCCUGCGAUUACAAACCUGCCGCGCGGCAGCUAGCCCUUGAGCUUGGCGCUACGAAGGCCUUCGACCUUGCGGAGCUUACAGACGCUACUACGACCAAGAAGCUCACUGUAGACAUUGUCUUUGAUUUUGUUGCCACUAGCCAGACAUUUACCCUCGCCAAAGCUGCCACUCAGGCUGAUUCCAACACCCUUGGCAAGCACGGGAAGAUUGUUGUCGUUGGCGUCAGCGAGGAAACUAUGACAUUCACUUCCAUUGAACUCAUCCUCGCUGAUGUCUAUGUUUUGCCCACUUUGUACGGGUCCAAGGACGAUGUGAAGAGCAGUCUCAAGCUUUUGGCUGAUGGUGCUGUGCGUCCUGUUGUCCAGGUUGAGCCUCUGGAGAAUGUCAACAAGAUCAUCAAUGAACUCCGAGCUAACCAGGUCACAGGGAGGAAGGUCAUUAUGCCAGGUCUCAAGAUAUAG